AUGAAAUUAAUUGAUGAAAGUGAUACGAAUUUUGUUUGCUUUACAGGUGGAGUCGUACUCGUUGAAUCGGCUUGUCCAGGCUCCGAUCUUAAAUGGCCCCUCCUGCCCACUACAUGUAAGUUAGAAGUGCUCAAAACUAACAUAAGUGUCAUUGGUCCUUCGUGUCCCCUAAAUUUUGUGGAUAGUUAUCCUCUAACUGUUCCUUCCAACGAGUCAGUACAAAUAACUGCUGGUUCCUAUUUUGAUGUUGAUGUUACGCAUAUCACAAUAAACGACGGGGAUGACUACGGAAUUUCUAUCUACAUUUAUCCAACGAAUGAUUCUGGUCCAAUAUUUGAUUACGAGUCGGAAGAUGGGACUUUCAAAAUGAAGGCCUGGCUAGCUGGAGGUUUCCUAAGAGCAUCAAGGCUGAUUACAAGUAAUCCGUAUUCGUUCUUAGUCAAUGAGAAAAACAACCUUGUCACCCUGAAUAAAUGGCAAAAAGUGGGCGUUUCUGUGGACACUAGUGCUAAAAGCCUUAGAACAGUGGUCGCUGAUAACUUGCAGAUUAACAGCGACAGUGCCUCACAACAAAGUGAAGACGGUGUGAACGACGAUGCAAAUAGACCAAUCGUGACCCCAGGGAAACUACGAGUAGGAGCUUCAUUCAAUGUGAGUGUGCCCCGCACUUUUUCUGGACUGGUGACAUGCCUAGGGGUGGUGAAAAAUAAAAACUUGGAUUGCUUUAGUGACUGUGUAUCAACUCAAAAGUGGUCCAUUACUCCCACUUUUAGCGACGUUGACAAACUACAUUACGCCACCUUCUCAGGGGUGAAAUUUGAUAUGAUCCCAAUCAUCACGCCCAUCCACCAAUCAGUUUCGAGAUCACUGACCACGUGUGCUAUCACAUGUUUAACAGACUUCCUUUACUGUCGAUCUUUCACAUUCCAAUCACAGUCUAAAGCCUGCUCUCUUUUCUCUGCGAUAUACACACAGUCAUCUGAUUUCAGCAUUCAGCCUGGUCAUAUUUACUACAAACUUCUUGACUAUAUCUAG